AUGGAAGCAUCGAAGAUGAAUGUUUUUGUGGCGGUUAUGGUUGCUGUUUUGGUGAUAGCUACAAGUGGCGUUUCAGCUGCUGAUUCACCAGCUCCUAGUCCUGCUUCUGAUGCUACUACUCUUUUCGUUCCAAGUGCUGUUGCUUCUCUCAUAGCUCUUGCAUUUGGGUUUCUCUUUUGA